AUGCGCAUCAAGGUGACAGGAUCCUCAGCCCUCGGCCAAAUUCCCUCGCCAGAAAAGUCGAGCCCUGAGGUGCUGAAGAGCAACAAGCAGCAGCCCACCACCGGACAGAUUCUGUGCCCAGCGCACGACUACCUGGUGGAGACUGAUGUGGAGACAGAGAUGGAAGUCUGCAAUUCAAGCAGCGGCGGCAGUCAAUUCAACCCAAGCAGCGUGCAUGCAUCAGCGGUGAGGAGGAGCCUGCAGCGCAUGACAGCGCAGCGGCAGCCGCCACAGCCAAUCGUGGACGAAGUGACGCACACACUGCCGCCUCCUGCAGACUUGCCAGCAGUGGCAGAACAGCAGCCGCAGAAGCCAGGCCCUCCUCCUCCGAAGCCAGCGAGUGCACGCCAGCAGCAAGCAACGCGGCUCAAUGAUCCAAACACAGUCAACGCAAGCCAGCAGCAGAAACCAGGCCCCCAUCCUCAAAAGCCAGGCAGUGCAAGCCAGCAGCAAGCAUCAUGCCGCGCUGUUCAAAAGACAGCCAGUGCAAGCCAGCAGCAGAAACCAGGCCCUCCUCCUGAGGAAACAGCCAGUGCAAUCCAGCAGCAAGCAUCAGGCCCCCCUCCUCAGAAGAAAACCAGUGCUAGCCAGCAGGAGCCGCAGAGGGAACGCCGCGGGCCUGUGCCCUCCAGUCAGCAAGCAGUCACCUCUUCAGGGGGCGCGCCAAAUCAGGGCAUGGGAGAAGCGCGGCCGCAGGAAGGUGUCUCUGUCGCGGUGCAGGCUGCGUCAGAAGCUGACAUCUCAGAAAUCUCAUCCAAUAUCACUCCGGACGGUUCACCCCCGGAGGGCGCUCUGACUGGCUGGCCAACCCCACGUGAGAUCCAGGGCUUCCGAGACUAUCUGGACCUCGUGAGCCUGGCAAGCAGAGCAAGCCUUCAGGAGCAAAACGGGGCAGCGGGCCACAAGAGUUCAAACCCAGCCUGUGCAGGCGAAUCACAAGAGCAAGAGGGGGCACAGCGGCGAGGGCAGGCACAAGAUUUGCAAAUGGAGGAGGCGGCACCACAGGAGCAAGAUCAGGCAGCCUCAUCACCGAAGGAGGCAGUACAGGGGCGAGGCAAGGCAGAUGACACACAGGAGCAAGAUCAAGCAGACGAUGCUCCAAUGCCAGAGGCAGCACAGGCAGACAAUGCACCAAUGCAAGACACGGCACAGGAGGAAGAUCAGGCAGCCUCGUCACCAAAGGGGGUGCCGCCACAGGAGCAAGAUCAGGCAGACGACACACAGAUGCGGGAGGCACUGGGACCAUUGCUGAUACUGGGAGAGGCCAGCAGCAAUCCAGGAAACCAGGAGGCCGAGACCCCCCUGCCAGCAGGCAACAACAGCCGCGCCGCGCGAGAGCGCCGCCAACCCAAGCGGCUGGCAGAGGAAGUGGAGGGGCCGCAGUGGGGCUCUCCUGAGAACCCAACCUAUCACAAAAAGAAGUCUUCCGAGAAGCUGCCCCGCAGCAGUGGCCGCGGCCGCGGCCGCGGCAGGGGCCGGUCCUGA